AUGUUUGGACCCAAGUCCUACCUGCAUGGUGGGGGUUUCGCUGGUAUAAAUAAUAAGGGCCCGAUAGUAUAUUUCGAUAUUCGAGUUUCUUCUCCCUACAGAGACCUAAUACUAAUCAAAGAGUCACAGUUGGAGACAGAGGAGCAGUUAUUAAGUGGAAAACUGAUACUCUCUAUAAACGAAAACUUUGUCUUAAAGAAGCUAUCGUUGAAACUAGUUGGCAGGUUCAAACUUGAUUUUUUGCAGCUGGAUCACGGCAGUGGAGUGACCAAUAUUGUGAAAGAUCGGAAGGUCGUAUUCGAGACAAACUGGGACAAUCUGUUGGUUUCCUCACAUGGUGAAGUAGUUAGAAGUAACAAGACCUCGCUAAACCAUCCGAUGCGAUCCUUCUCGAGCCCCGUUGUGAACCGGUUGAUCAAGAAAAAGUCAACUACAUCCCAUGUACUCGAACUGCCUUCCGACGGUUUCAACGGUACACCCUUCACUGACCUCGAUCCUGAGCAUUCGUAUCUCUUCCAUCUACACAAGGGUAAUUAUGAAUUGCCGUUCGACGUAAGACUGCCUCAAGACAUACCGGAUACGAUCGAGGGACUACAGAGCGGGAGCAUCUUAUACAGUUUCGAAGCGAUAAUCGACCGCCCCCAAAAGAUUCAUUUCCACAGCCACGGUUUCAGCACUUACAAAUACCUAAGAAUUUUCCGCACUUUGGCGAUGGACCACCUGGCACUGCAACAGGACGUGACAGUCUCAAACACCUACGUAGACAAACUGCAGUAUAAGAUAAGCAUACCCAGCAAGGCCAUCGCCAUAGGCGGCUCUACAGUGAUAAACAUCGAGCUGUUCCCGUUCAGAAAGGGCUACAAGCUGGAGAAAAUCACAGGCUCCCUUAAACAGUGGUUCGUCAUACGCGACACAAACGACAAUCUCUAUGAUGAUCAAAUAGUCAUCAACAAACAGUCAAUGACAGAGUUCAAGGAUAUCGAGAACAUUCAACAGCGAGACAACUUGCUGCUGGGAAACACAACGAUCAACUCGAUCUUCCAACUGCCGCAUGACCUGAAGAAAAUCACCCAGGACGUAGAAUGCGCCAACGACUUGAUUCAUGUAAAGCACAAGAUCUCCAUACAUGUCAUGUUGAGACAUAUCCAUGACAACAAGACGUUAGAGAUAAAGGCAAAUCUCCCAGUGUUACUCUACGUAUCACCAGCAGAAAGAGUGCAAGGCCGUCUGGUACUCCUGGACAGUACGAAUGGGAACAUCCACUUCAGAACAAAUGAAUACGUGGAUCUGUUCGAUCCCUCUGCUACGAACUCUCACUCCAGUAUAACCCCAAACACACAUUCACUAUCGCCAUCCCCAUCACCAGCGGCAAUGCUCUUACCGCCUCCAAAUUACAUGGACCGUUUGAAGGACUCCUUGGUAAACGGCAAUAGAUCCGUAACGAGAUCGGCCCCGGUUUCUCCUCGUUUAACGCAUCAAGAUCAGCACCCUCCACGCCACCAGGAUAAAGAAAUUGAUUUUUUCGGACUACCGCAACCGGCCGCCACACCCGUUCAACUCCAGAACGAGACACAAUUCAGAGCCCUCGGGACAGCAUCGCCGACGGCACGGCAACCCGCAGAGCCGGCGCUACCGUUGCCACCUGCCAUUUCCGAGCUGUCUGAAGACGAAAGGUGCCAAGUACCGUCGUAUGAACAGACAAUGCAGGAAUAUCCUCAUUAA